GAAUAAUAAAAAAAAUUGAAGAAUAAUUAAAAAAUAAUAAAAAAAUAAAGGAAUAAUUAAAAAAUAAUAAAAAAAUAAAGGAAUAAUUAAAAAAAUUAAAGAAUAAUACAAAAAAGUUAGAGAAUAAUACAAAAAAAAUUAAGCAAAAUUCGAAAAAAAUUAAAGAAGAGUUAAAAAACCUGCGCGCUUCAAAAUUUCUCCAAGUAAACUACCUGCACACGACAACAACAACAUUACAAAAAAUGGCCUUAAAAUCAAUUCUUGAAACGCAUUUAUUUUCCAAAAAAAAUUUACAAUUUUAAUUUAUGCCGUACAAAGGCAACCAAGUAAACCAACGCGCCACCUCACCCAACAAGAGCACUUGAAGUAGAAACAACUACAAAAACAACAACCAACCAACUACCUACGCCCCAUAAAGGCAACAUACACAACCUAAAUGGAUUUAUAUUGUUAUCAGCCAACGCCACCUGCCUCACUCAUGGAUUAUCCCGUUGGACCGCAUCAACUGCAAAACGGCAGCAGCGGUGUUGGUGGCAUCGGCGGCAUCGUCAACAACACUAACGCGUACUUCAAUAAUAUUUAUACGAAUGGCGUUGCCAACAACAAUAAUACUAGCAACAACAAUAACAGUAGUAAUCUUUAUAAUCAUCAUAGUAACAGUGAUAGUUCAUCGGUGACGACGACAACAACAACAGCGACAAAUUUUGGUGAUUGCAUCGGUUUGGAGCGGGCUUUCGAUUUCUACAGUGAUCGAGGUAUGUUUCCUAAAACUUUUUCUGAUUCUGCUAAUGAUUUCUCUAUAAAAAUGGGUGAGUUUGGUAGUAUUUCUUAUUAAAAAAACCAACAUAACCUAAAAAUCUAAGAAAACGUUCAUAAUUUUAAUUGCAGAUUUUAUAUGUCUUAAGAAAAAUUUGAUAAAGCAAAUUACUGCUUAUAGAUUUCUCUCACUUCGAACUAAUUUUCUCAAAUUUUCUUAAAAACGGCUGUGCCUAUUGACUUGAAAUUUUUACACGACCUUCUUAAAUUUAUUUGUCAGGUAAAGGUCGA